ACGGAGAAUGUUUACAUCCGUCCCCUUUUUAAGUACACAGGCCUGUGUCGCAUGAGUCGGUUGAUUACACAGAGGCUACACUGACCAGCAUCAAAGUCCAGAUACAACAAUAGCAAUAGAUCAAGAACAAUCCUGUUCCAUAAUUGUAAUUAAACAUGUGGUAUUAAGUCUAAUGAUGGCGGACCGCACAGAAAUGAAUUGCUUCACCCUCUGCGGUUUGUUGACCUUGGCCUUCACCUUGUCCACGCAGCAAGAAAAUUGCCCACUUGAUGAAGUAUUGUUCGAGGAUGGAUACUCAUACAAUCCGGAGCCAUUUGCUAGAUGUGUCUGCACCAAAGGGCAGUUCGAAUGUGUUGGUGUUAUGUGUGAAAAACCCACGUGUAAAGACAAUGAGAGGCCUGUCGUAAGAAUGGGCGUUUUCUGUCCAAAGUGUCCUGAGAAAGAAAAUGUCGCUAUCGGCGAAUCUUAUAAUUAAUUAACUGUAUUUUUUUAUGGUAGUUUACUUUCUGCAUGAAAAUUCGAAAACCAAAAUCGCCUGUGUUCAUUUAUGUAAAUUGUGCACCACAUUUAAGUCAACGUAAAUCUAAAUUUUGAUAAGAAGAAAUCUGUAUAACAUUAUGGUGCUGCAAAAAAAAAAUUAGCGUACCUACUUCUUCAAUAUAGUAAUUAAAAAAAAAAUAUUGAC